AUGGCGAGCAAAACAGCCGUCACCUCGGCCGUCCGCGCAGCGACUGCCGCUCGUCGUCCCGCUGCUGCGGUCGCCAGCUGCGUCUAUGCGAUCCCGUCUACGUCCCGCGCGCUCAUGACUGCUGCUCCUGCAGUCCAUGCUCGCAUCUUUGCCUCGUCGAAUGCAUCUUGUCGUGGUGCGGCGCCGCUGCUGCUAAAGUCUGCUGCUGCUGCUGCUGCUGCGGCCGGGGCGAGGCGGUACUCGGUGGAUGCAGCGUCGCCGACUAAGAUCUGGACCUUUGCCGAUAUCCAGAAGCAGUUGGACACCAACGAGGAUAAAAAUGUAGUCUUUGUCGAUGUCCGCGAACCCGCCGAGCUCCGCGAAACGGGCAAGAUCCCCGGCGCCAUCAACAUACCCGUCACGACGGCCGUGCAGAGCCUGCACGUGCCCGAGCAAGAAUUCGAGGAAAUGUACGGGUACGAGCGGCCGGGCAAGGACAAGACGCUCGUGUUCUACUGCAAGGCGGGCGUGCGCGCCAGGACGGCGGCCGGCUUGGCGCUGCACGCGGGGUGGACGAGCGUCGGCGAGUACAGGGGCUCGUGGCUGGACUGGGCGGAGAACCAGGGGCCGGUGGAAAAGGUGAAUGGGGGCAAGUAA